CGUUUACAAAAAUAAAUAAAAUUAAAUUACAUAUGCACUCGUCCAUGUGGGGUUCAUUCAUUAAAAACAUAAUCUAUAUAUGUAUCUUCCAACAUUACUCUAAUAUAAAUAUUAGAAAUCCUUUAUUUCCACUGAUUGUUAUUAUCAUUCGUUUAAAUGCCUUUAGAAAAGAUGUAAAGUUUGCAUAAAUGCAACUAAUGUUCAGAUAUAAUCAAUUGCAAAUAAAAAAGAAAUAUGUAUAAAUAAUUAGUUUGUUAAACAUUGCACGAACAUUGAAACGAAAAUUACAAUUUGAAGUUUAUCAUGAAUUAAGUUUUAUUUCUUUUACGUAGGAAAAUGAGAAUGGAGCUUUGCGAAAGUUCCUUGAAGUAAUUAUGGACAUUGGUGGCCAAGUCUUAGACGAUAUUAACAAUUUCGGAGAUGUUACAAUUUUGGCACCCAGUAAUGAGGCCUGGAAUAAUUCUGCCAUUAACAAUAUUAUUAGAGAUGUUCCAAAAAUGCGGGAGAUAUUAAAUAUGCACAUUAUUAAAGAUCGCCUAAACGUGGAUAAAAUCAAGGAAAAAAAUCAAAAUUUAAUUGCACAGGUUCCCACAGUAAAUAACCGUACAUUCCUCUACUUCAACAUUAAUGGCGAAGGAUCAGAUGAAGUGAUUACUGUUGAAGGCGGUGGAGUGAAUGCCACUAUCUUGGAAGCAAAUGUCGCUAGCACUAAUGGUUAUGUUCACAUUAUCGACAAGGUUCUUGGAGUUCCAUAUACAACAGUGUUGGGCAAAUUGGAAAGUGAUCCUAUGCUAAGUGAUUCAUAUAAAUUGGGUCAAUUUUCAACAUUCAACGAACAACUGAAUAAUACACAAAGACGUUACACGUACUUUGUGACACGUGACAAGGGGUGGCAGAAAAUAGGAUUAGAUUUUCCUUCGGUGCAUAAGAAAUUAUUUAUGAAAGACUUUGCCUAUCACUCUCGAUCAAUUUUGGAACGUCAUUUGGUAAUUGCUGAUCGCGCUUAUUCCAUGAAAGAUAUGGUCGCUAUGACAAAAGAAAGUGAAUCAAUUGUACUGCCAACUUUCCGAGAUUCUUUAAAAAUUAAAGUAGAAGAAGAAGCUGGACAUCUUCAUGAUGAAUUCGCUUCUCAUGAUUGGACUGGUUAUGUCAUCAUUUGGAAUUAUAAAAAAAUUAAUGUUUAUCGCCCGGACGUCGAAUGUACCAAUGGUAUUAUACACGUGAUUGAUUAUCCAAUGCUGGAGGAGAAGGAUAUCGUAGUGAGGGGAGGUAGUUAUCAGAUUAAAUCUAACUUCUGCAUAUUGUUUGCAAAUCUCUUCAUAAUAGCAAUAGCAAAACUUUUCUAAACCAAAAACUAAUUAAAAAAACUUAAACGAACCAAUUGUGUAAAAAGCGAAAAAAAACUUAAUUAAAUAUAAACAAAAUAAUAAGUUCAUAAUAAAAAUUUGAAUUUCAUACCUAAUACUCAAACCUCAAAAUACACACACAUAUUUUAACAAUAAACAAAUACACUCAUACAUUUACACAUAUACGAAAACAUUACAUAAAACUAUUUUAUUUUUUUUUUAAUAAAGUUUAAUUAUUUUAUAAUCAUGUUCUGUAUGGAUUUAAAAUACAAUAAAUUAAGCCACUUUAGCCUUCAUCACGCAUUAUGCAUAAAUACAACGUAUCUCUACUUAUAGUAUAUUAAAUGAAACCUUUCUUUUUAUUCUAAUUAAAUAUAUAUUUGUU